UUUUGUCUGUAAGUUUCCCGCUCGGCGUGUUUUCUAUUUGUCUUUUUUGUCAAAUAAAUAUGUCUCAAACGCACAAUCUCCAAAGAGCAAUUACCGAGGCCGUAGGAAGAGCAGUACACGAGGCACUGCGAGAUCAACAUGAAGAGUCCUCUGAUGCAGCUACUGCCCACGAAAAUAAUAAUGAACCACAGAAUUCCAACUCAAAUGAUGAAAAUAAGGGUAACAAUUCAGGAAGAGUUGGUCGACCAAAGAAAAUAAUUCCAAGGGAUGUAUUGGAAAAUUUGCUUCAGUUACGACUUACGAUUGUGGAAAUUGCCAGACAGUUGAAAGUCGACAGGUCAGUGGUCUACAAAGCAAUGUCGGAGUAUGGGUUGUAUCAGGGGCGGAUCUAGGGGUAGGCACCAUAGGCAAGUGCCUAUGGUGAAAUUACCAAAAUAUACUUCGACUUAGAUUCGAUACGAAUUUAUCGAAUUAUGAAACUAUGAAUAGCACUUUAUCGCAGUCAAAUCAUCUGACUUUUGUUUAGAAAUGUUGUGCAAUUAAAUGACGUAAUUUUGAUAUGAA